UUUAAAUGUAAACAUUGUUUAAGUUAAUUGUAUAAUUUAUCAUUUAAAUGCAUUACCUAUUUAUAAAUUUAUUUCUUCUUUUCUCAUUUCACUAAAUAAAUAAAAGAAACACUUUUUAGGUAUUUAUUAUGCGCUUUCUCUAAAAGACUUGGGUGAAGUGAGCAGGCGAUUAGGCUUAUUGUUGAGAUUUAUUACCCGCAUUAUUUAUUAGUCUUUAUGACUCCAUCUCCAUGCCAAAUGGAAUAGGAUUAAUAAUAGAUUAAUAAGUGUGCUAUCGCGCGCUUCAUUAGGGCAUUUCUGCUUGGCUCUGUGCUUUAAAUAAUGGAAGCAUCACCAGAGAUUCUGCUUCUCCACCGCUUUCUACUGAACAUCAAUCAGAGCAGAAGAGCAGAGAUUCUCACACUGCUCAUCUUCUACAGCUCCACACACACACACACACACACACACACACACACACAAUACACACACACACACACACUGCAGCACUGAAACACCUGAGAGGAUCUGCAAACAUCAAACAUCAUGACCGAACCACAGGAAGAAACCAGACCAGAGAGAGAGUUCAGCAUCAGUGCAGCUCCGACUGAAACUACAGCGAAGAACAGCGGAUCAUCAGUGAGUGAUUACAGACCCGGCCUGCAGGACAGUCAUGAUGCCUCUCAGCUUCUUCACCUACAGGAUCCUGAGCCUCUGGUUUUGGAUUUAGCUUUGGGUGUUAAAUCCGUGGAGAGGCUGCUGGUUUGUGAUUCUCUAAAACCUCCAUCCACACACCACCCGUCCUCACACUGCUCCACCUGCAGCUGUCACCUCUGCUAUCACCACACCUCCUCCGCCUCAAAGACUCACCUGAGCCGGAGCUCCGCCCACAGCCAGCAGCGGCCUGGAGACGAUCUGUGUGCGUCUGUGCUGCUGGCGUGUCUGUUCUGCCGGGUGGAGGAGUGUGUGUCGGCCGCAGUAGACGGGCUGCAGCAGUGUGUGUCCUGCCUGUGCUCUGAACUGUGCUCUAGACUGUGCUGCUGUGACCCCGCCUCUCUGGAGCCUGUGCUGGAGGCGUGUCCCGGCUGUGACCCGGGCGGCUGCGUGGACUCGUACCUGUGCAGCGACUGUGCAGCGUGUGAACUGUGUCUGCAUGCGACGGAGUGUCUGGAGUUCGGGAUGGAGAUUUCUCAGCUCCUGUUUCACUGAAACACCGACUCUGAGUUCCAACAUCCACCAUCCAUAAAAACUCUGAAUUUAACCGUAUUAAAUAUUCUCUAUAUAAACUAAACUACAGAAACACCUGCUUAUUCGAUUUCUCUAAAACCAACAUAUUUAUUUAAAAAAAGGUAUCCUGCUUUUGUUGGAGUAACUGUCUCUAAUGUUCAGGAUAGUUCUGUACUAGAACUCCAUCCUUCCAGAGAACACAGUUCCUCCACAGAUCAGUACUGGGGGGUUUUAAACCCCUCUUUUGCCCACGCCUGGUAUUAGACAUAUAUAUAUAUAUACAGCUCUGUAAAAAAUGAAGAGAUCAGUUCAGUUUCUGAAUCAGUUUCUCUGAUUUUGCUAUUUAUAGGUUUAUGUUUGAGUAAAAUGAACAGUGUUGUUUUAUUCUAUAAACUACAGACAACAUUUCUCCCAAAUUACAAAUAAAAAUAUUCUCAUUUAGAGCAUUUAUUUACAGAAAAUGAGAAAUGUCUGAAAUAACAAAAAAGAAUCAGACCACACCACCUUGUAAAAGAUACCUCACCUGAGCUUCUCCAGGAAUUGCAACCAUUUUUCUCCACAGUCUCCUCAUUUCAGGAGCUCAAAAGUAACUGAACAAAUGAUCUAAAAAGCUAAAAGCUCUUUUAUGGGCUCCAUGUGCUAAUCCCUUAUUAAUCCAUCAUCAGGAAAUAGGUCUGGAGAUGAUCUCUGGUGUGGAGAUCUCUGAAUUAUUUUUUCCCAUGGUGAAGGAAAGUGUGUGUGCACGGUUUCAGUGUUUAUUGAAGAUAAGACAGAAGGAUAAAUUCUGAAGUUACAGGAUUUACUUUCUGCUCAGAUUCAAUCAAACGCAGCGGGCUGAAUAAACAAAGACCCAAAACAACACUGAGAUUAAAUUACACACAGCUGGAUUAACUCUAUUAACUUAUUUAGGGACUUCUGAAGGUAACUGAUUGCACUGGAUUUUAUUUAGGGGUUUCAGAAUAAAGGGUGCUGAAUACUUUUGCAUGUCACAUUUUACAGAUUUGUAUCUAUUAAAAUGUUAAAAUUAUGAAUUUUCUUUUUCCAACAAUUUUACUACUUUGUGUUUUCUGUGAUAUAAAAUCAUAAAAAUGUGUAAAUGAUGUUUCAGGGGUAUAAAUACGUUUUCUGUAACGGUUAUGUAAUGUUUAUUUAAUGUUUAAUGUCGCAGGUGUUUAUUGCUAAUGUGUAUCAGGAUAAAUUCUGAUUAAACACAAAUAAUCAGCAAAAACCGGCCGUUAAACACCAGAGCUUCUUAAACCACAAACGUGGAAUUUACAUAAAUAACUCAGUCAGUUAUCUGACCACAACCUGCUGAUCCAAAACCGAAAGCAGAAGAAAAACAAACAGAAACUCAGUAGAGCAAAUAAUCAGCACUGUUCUGUUCAUUCUGUAAAUUCCAGACAUCAGAUCGUCACUAACAGUGAAUUAUCUGCAUCCAUUUAUAUAAAUAAAAAAAACCCUUAAUAUAUAUAUCAUUAUGAAUCUGUCCAAUUAUAUUUGAACCUGUAUAAAUUG